CUCCCGUCCCAUCUUGCUCCUCAAUUCGCAAUGCCUCCCACCCGGAACCCUUUCCAGCACCCUACAUUAGACAAUGACGAUUCCUACCUGGGAAAACAGCUGGCUUAUGAGAAAUUGCCGUACAAGAGUCCGGCUCAUCUGGCUCAGCAGCAAGAACCCUGGAGUCGGCUCAACGCAACUUCUACGAUUACGUCCAUGAGGCACCGUGCCUAUUUUUCUGACUGCAAGAUACCAAAGGAUGACCUGGACUUCCGCUUAGCAGCCCUGUACAACCACCAUACUGGGGCAUUCAAGGACAAAAGUGAGGUACUGUUACAUCAGGAGACAGUCCACGGAAUCAAGAUCCAAUUCCCGGCAGAGUCUUCACCGCCUCCUCUCCUGCCUCCUAUCACUUCCCGGGCUAACAUUAGACAGUGGACCAACCCUAAGAAGGAAUCCAUCCACAGCAUCCAAGGAUCCAUAGUGUCCCCUCACACCGCAGCCACCAAUGGAGGUUACUCACGCAAGAAGGAUGGUGGCUUCUUCUCCACAUAGGCCGCUGGUCUCACUGGCCCUGGCGGGAACCACUGCCGUCUGCUUCCAUUAAACAGAUUUGCUCAA